UGACUAUAUGUAACCAAUAACCAAUCUCCACCGUCGAUUGACAAAGUUCCAAUCCAACUGCCCCGAGUCCCCAAUCAGCCGGCGUCUUAUAACGGCUUCGUCACUGUUGGUCUCACUCUCUCUGCAACUUCCGGCGGCCAUGUACCGCAUAGCUUCAUCCUUCGCCUCUUCAACUCCUAAGAAGCUGCAGGUCCUCCGCGGUAUUAGGGUUUCAUCCAAUAGGAACUAUGUGGCGCAAGGUCUCACCUUCCACAUUGGGCCUCGCGCCGCCUUGUUUGAGGUUGCCGACGCUGCCAAGUUCACCAUGGCCGCUCUCCUGCAACGCGUCUCUCACCUCGCGGAGGCCUACGGAGUUACCAUGGGAUCAAAGGAUGCCAAGGGCAUUGGUUGUUAUGAGGACAAGUACAAGAAUGCGAGCGAAACGCUUGCGAAACAGGCUACUAAUACUGCUGGAGGAGAUGGUACAACUUCUGCUGCUGUCUUGACUAAGCAGGCAACAGUCACAGAAUGUUGCCAGUCCAUAGGUGCUGGGGUUCCCUCUAUUUUUGCAAAUGGUCAACGAGAGAUUGGAGAGUUCUUAGCAAGGGCAUUGGAGAACGUUGAAAAGAAAGGGCAUGUUAUAAGUGAAGAUAAAAGUUUCAGUAUCGACAGACUGCUCAUGUCACCCACAUUAAAUCAAUUGAUCCGUCAUAAUAGAACUGAGAAAAGUCGCACGAACCGUAAUCGAGCUUUGGAUAAAUGCCCCCAAAAGCAAGGAGUAUGCCUACGGGUUUUUACGAGAACACCCAAGAAGCCAAAUUCAGCUCUGCGUAAGGUAGCCAAAGUAAGGCUAAGCAAUCGAAAUGAUGUAUUUUCUUACAUUCCAGGUGAAGGUCAUAAUUUGCAGGAACAUUCUAUGGUCUUAAUAAGAGGGGGCAGAGUGAAAGAUUUGCCAGGUGUGAAAUUCCAUUGUAUCAGAGGAGUUAAGGAUUUGCUGGGACUUCCAAACCGAAGGAGAGGCCGAUCAAAAUAUGGCGCAGAGAAGCCCAAGAGUGCCUGAAAACAGCCUGUAGUUUUGCCUUCAUAUUUGACUCUGUUGCUGAGUGACUGAAUGCUUUUAAGAGAGCUGGUGAAAUUUGGAAAACAAAAUUUUUACUGAGAUAGUAAUAAAAAUCUAGUAGUAUUCUUGUUUGAGAGCUUGGAACAAUGGAAUUUGGAUUCUUUGGUACUGAGGUUCAAAAGAUAAUAAUUUUGUGUAGGAAUUCUUCUUACUUUGUAUGACUAAAGUAGUUGUAAUGCUUCCAUUUCUGUA